CGAAGCGAUAUCACCUUAUCCAAAUCCAAAUCCAAAUCCACACCAUCCAUCCAAAAUCUCCUCCAGCCUACUACUUUACUCUGUUUCCUUUUGUUUCUUAUUGAUCUCUGACAACCCCAACACUUCCGAACCUUGCAUUGUAUCUACCAACUUCUCAACCAACAAUGGCAAUGGCAACCCAAGCCUCUCUCUUCACCCCACCCCUCUCCGGUCUCAAACCCAGCGACCGAGCCACCGCGCCAUGGAAACAAUCCUCCACCCUCUCCUUCUCCACCUCGAAGCCCCUCAAGUUCUCGCGAACAAUCAGAGCAGCAGCCACCGACCAGACCACAGAGGCACCGGUUGGGUUCACCCCACCGGAACUGGACCCAAACACCCCUUCCCCGAUCUUCGGAGGCAGCACCGGCGGGCUCCUGCGCAAGGCCCAAGUGGAGGAGUUUUAUGUCAUCACAUGGGACUCCCCGAAAGAACAGAUCUUUGAAAUGCCCACUGGCGGCGCUGCCAUCAUGAGGGAGGGUCCCAACCUUCUCAAGUUGGCGAGGAAGGAGCAGUGCUUGGCUCUUGGGACUAGGCUCAGGUCAAAGUACAAGAUCAAGUACCAGUUUUACAGGGUCUUCCCCAAUGGGGAGGUUCAGUAUUUGCACCCCAAGGAUGGUGUGUACCCUGAGAAGGUCAACGCCGGACGCCAAGGGGUUGGUCAGAACUUCAGGUCUAUUGGUAAGAAUGUUAGUCCUAUUGAGGUCAAGUUCACUGGCAAGCAACCCUAUGAUUUGUGAGCAACUCUAUCAUCAUUCCCCCAUGCUUCUUCCAUUCGUUUAUAUGCUAUAUUGUCAUCUCAUGUCAUGCCAGGAAUGCUAUAACUCUUUACCUUAAUUUUACACUUCUUUUUCGCUAGCUAUUUGGUGAUUGUUUA